UUCGGCUCACCAUGCAUCAGCUGUGGAAGGUAGUGCGACCUGCCCGGCCGCCGGAGCUGCAUCGCCUGGUGCUGCUACUUAUCGCCUUCAGCCUUUUGUCCAUGGCUUUCCUGGCCUAUUACGUAUCGACCAGUCCCAAGGCCAAGGAGCCCCUGCCCCUCCCCCUGGGGGACUGCAGCAGCGGCGGGGCGGCGGGCUCUGCCCCGGCCAGGCCGCCUCCGCCGCCCCCCCGCCCCCCGCGGCCCUCGGAGCCCGCCCGCACGGAGCCCGUGGUGCUGGUGUUUGUGGAGAGCGUCUACUCGCAGCUGGGCCAGGAGAUUGUGGCCAUUCUGGAAUCCAGCCGCUUCCGCUACAGCACGGAACUGGCGCCGGGCCGGGGCGACAUGCCCACCCUGACCGAGCAGGCCCGGGGCCGCUACGCCCUGGUGGUCUACGAGAACCUGCUCAAGUACGUUAACCUGGACGCCUGGAGCCGGGAGCUGCUGGACCGCUACUGCGUGGAGUACGGCGUGGGCAUCAUCGGCUUCUUCCGUGCCCACGAGCACAGCCUGCUCAGCGCCCAGCUCAAGGGCUUUCCGCUCUUUCUGCACUCCAACCUAGGGCUGCGGGACUACCAAGUUAACCCGUCCGCGCCCCUCCUGCACCUCACCAGACCCAGCCGGCUGGAGCCCGGACCGCUGCCCGGCGACGACUGGACCGUGUUCCAGUCCAACCACAGCACUUACGAGCCGGUGCUGCUGGCCAGCCCGAGGCCCGCAGAGUCCCCCGAGCCCGGCCCCCGCCGCGCCCGGCUGCCCACCGUGGUGCAGGACCUGGGGCUCCACGACGGCAUCCAGCGGGUGCUCUUCGGCCACGGCCUGGCCUUCUGGCUGCACAAGCUCGUCUUUGUGGAUGCCAUCGCCUACCUCACGGGCAAACGGCUCUGCCUGGCCCUCGACCGCUACCUGCUCGUGGAUAUCGAUGACAUCUUCGUGGGCAAGGAAGGCACCCGCAUGAAGGUGGCUGACGUUGAGGCCCUGCUGGCCACCCAGACCAAACUGAGGAACCUGGUGCCCAACUUCACCUUCAACUUGGGCUUCUCGGGCAAAUUCUACCACACAGGGACCGAGGAGGAGGAUGCCGGAGAUGACAUGCUGCUGCAGCAUCGGAAGGAGUUCUGGUGGUUCCCGCACAUGUGGAGCCACAUGCAGCCGCACCUUUUCCACAACGGCUCCGUCCUGGCUGACCAGAUGCGGCUCAACAAACAGUUCGCGCUGGAGCACGGGAUUCCCACGGAUCUGGGGUACGCGGUGGCCCCCCACCACUCGGGCGUCUAUCCCAUCCACACGCAGCUGUACGAGGCUUGGAAGUCCGUGUGGGGCAUCCGGGUGACCAGCACGGAGGAGUAUCCCCACCUCCGCCCAGCCCGCUACCGGCGUGGCUUCAUCCACAACGAUAUCAUGGUGCUGCCGCGGCAGACGUGUGGACUCUUCACUCACACCAUCUUCUACAACGAGUAUCCCGGGGGCUCCCACGAGCUGGACCGCAGCAUCCGGGGCGGAGAGCUGUUCCUGACGGUGCUCUUGAACCCAAUCAGCAUCUUCAUGACACACCUGUCCAACUACGGGAACGACCGUCUGGGGCUGUACACGUUUGAGAGCCUGGUGCGGUUCCUGCAGUGCUGGACUCGCCUGCGCCUGCAGACCCUACCCCCUGCGCCUCUGGCCCGCAAGUACUUUGACCUCUUCCCCCAGGAGCGCAGUCCCCUCUGGCAGAGCCCCUGCGACGACAAGCGGCACAAAGACAUCUGGUCCAAAGAGAAAACCUGCGACCGACUCCCCAAGUUCCUCAUCGUGGGGCCCCAGAAAACAGGAACAACAGCUGUGCAUUUCUUUCUGAGCCUGCACCCUGCCGUGACCAGUAGCUUCCCUAGUCCCAGCACCUUUGAGGAGAUCCAGUUCUUCAGCGGUCCCAACUACCAUAAGGGCAUUGACUGGUACAUGGACUUCUUCCCCAUCCCUUCCAACGCCAGCACCGACUUCCUGUUCGAGAAGAGCGCCAACUACUUCGACGCGGAGUCCGUGCCCCGGCGGGGUGCCGCCCUCCUGCCCCGUGCCAAAAUCAUCACCGUGCUCAUCAACCCCGCCGACCGUGCCUAUUCCUGGUACCAGCACCAACGAGCCCACGGAGACCCUGCGGCUGUGAACUACACCUUCCAGCAGGUGAUCUCGGCCUCGCCUCAGGCCCCCCCAGCGCUGCGGGCCUUGCAAAGCCGCUGUCUUCUCCCGGGCUGCUACUCCACCCACUUGCAGCGAUGGCUCACCUACUACCCUUCCGGCCAGUUGCUGAUUGUGGACGGGCAGUUGCUGCGCACGAAUCCCGCCGCGUCCAUGGAGACUAUUCAGAAGUUCCUGGGCAUCACUCCGCUCGUCAACUACACCCAGGCCCUCAGGUUUGAUGAGGCGAAGGGUUUCUGGUGCCAGGCGCUGGAAGGGGGAAAGACCCGCUGCCUGGGAAAAGGCAAAGGGCGGAGAUACCCGGACAUGGAUGCCGCAUCCCGCCUCCUCCUCGUGGACUUUUUCCGGGACCACAACAUCGAACUUUCGAAGCUGCUGAGCCGGCUGGGGCAGCCGCUGCCCUCUUGGCUGCGCGAGGAGCUGCAGCGCUUUGGCUGGGGCUGAGUCGGUCCCCCGUGGGAGCCCGGGGGCCCCGGGGGAGACAUGGGGCCGGGCCGGCAGGCGGGGGGACGCCGCCCUCCUCCUCCCUCUCCCCUCUACCUCAGAGCUCACUGGGGCCCUGUUGGGGCAGGGGGCCGGAGGUCCCAGGGGAGAGGGCUCUGAGUCUCCUCUCCCCGGGGUUCUGGGCCCUAGGAACACGGAGUUUGGGUUUGGGCUCUUCCCCGACCCCUCCCCACCCCCUGCUAGCUGCAGUCGUCCUCUCGUUGAGCUCAAGCCCCUCAUCUCUUUUCUUCCAUGCAGAAGGGACGCCCUCUCCCUAUGGACCUGAGGCCUGGGAGUUUGGUUGUGGGGGCUUCGUGCUACCCCGUAAACCGGUGGCGGCGGUGGUGGUGGCGGUGGUGGGAGGCGGGGGGGAUCCUCUCCCCGACCCCCUCGUGGGUGCACGUCGGUAUGCGUCCGUUGGACUCGCGGGCAAGCGAGGGGUGGUGGAAGCCCCGGCCUCCCUAGUGUCAUUCACAUUGAAUGUGGACGAGGCCGGACGGCAGCUCGUGGAAUUGAGCGCGGGGGCCUGAGACGGGAACCCCGAUCCCGGCCCCGCUGAACGUCCUAAAUAAAACCACCUUAUUUUUC